UUCUGCCUUAGGGCAAGAGAGUGACACACACUCACACACUGCAAGGAGGAGCCAGGACUGUCGUCAGUCACAGACAGGUAGGUAAGAGGCUGCCUGAAACAGAGCGAGCAAGAGAGAACAAGAGAGAGAGCGAGAGAGUUUUUGCGAGUGACAAGAGCCACGGGUUGCUCACACACACUCAAGCUCACCACGCAGCCUCACUUAUGUGCGGCUCUUCUCAAGGCUUCACAGCCUCGUCCUCUACGUGCCGCACAGUCAUGUUAACGUCUGACGGCUCACCGGACAGGACAGAGGUCAUGGCGGCUGCCAUGGCCGAGUCUGCGGACUCGGACAUGACGUCGUGGAGCGAGGCCGACUUUGAGGAGAAGUGCACGUACAUCGUAAAGGACCAAGCUCUGGAAGAAGCGUCCAAAAAAUGCAGCAGGACACGAGCCGAGGGCUCCUUGCCCAGGAACUUGGCCCUGAAACGCUGCCUGGACUCGGCGCAGGUGCUUGGAGUGACCAGUAAAGAGUUGAUCCCGAAGGGGACACGCUUUGGGCCUCUCGUGGGGGAAACAUACACCAACGAAACGCUGCUGAAAGAUGCCAACAGAAAGUAUUUUUGGAGGGUCUUCUCCCACGGGACCUUACACCACAUCCUGGACGGUUUGAACGAAGACAAGAGCAACUGGAUGCGAUACGUAAACCCGGCCCGCGGCACCGACGAGCAGAACUUGAUCGCGUGCCAGAGCGGUCUGGACAUCUACUUCUACACCAUUAAGCCUUUACUUCCCGGCCAGGAGCUGCUUUUCAUAUCACUUCUUAGAAAAACAAAAAUGUUCUUGCGGGAUCUUUUCAAUACCACGUUUCUUUCGCCAACAGACCAUUGCCAUUCACAGAAGACGACGACGGAGAAACGCGGACACAGCGUGACCGAGAUCCUCCGAGAAGAGCCCCCCAAAGCCCUCGCUAGCCUUCGCCGACAAAUGGACGGUUCUUUAUCUCAGGAUAACCUCUCCGUUUUCCCCAUCGCCUACCCAAUUCAGUCCCGUUCGGAACCCAUCCACAGGUAUGCAGCUCUGCCGCCUCUACCGGCUGCCAAAAAGUUAGCUUUAAGUAGCCACCUUCCUUCCAGUUUAUACAGCUUCCAGCACAGCCCGAGACAUGUCCUAGCUAAACCUUACCCAGAACCCGCAGUACCAGAUCGAGUUUAUCCCGCCUUGAGGCACGCCACCUAUCUCCUACCCCGCUACUCACCUUGCCCUGACAACAUUCUACCUCACACCUACUUGUCCUACGCCGAUUGCCUAAAACCUUACCUGACGCUCUCCGCUCACUUACUGCCUUCGGAUGGUCAUGUAAACCUCCUCCACCCGGAACACAAGAACUUAACUUUUGCACAAUCAAACACCAAAGAUGACCUCAUUCCUUCUCCGACCGGCGACACCAAAGAUGAAAAGAACCUCAUAUGCCAAAGAACAAACUACCUCAAGAGUCCUUCCGAGCAGCCCGGAGAAGCGGACGUCCCUUUAGCGUCCACAUCCAGUGCCACAUCUGCGGUCAGCGCCCCAUGCAGAGCGCAGCCCUCACUCGCAUCAGGAGGAUGCUCCCCACCGCUCGGUACGGCGGCGUCAUUGGACCAUGACCCCUGGAAACCAACUAAGGCGAUGCAAAGCAACACCGCGGAUGCAGCGGACCUCAGGAAGGCCAAACGAGAGGAGCACGCGGUCGGCUACAAGACCUUGUCGUACCCGCUCACCAGACAGAACGGAAAGAUCCGGUACGAGUGCAACAUCUGCAGGAAAGUCUUUGGCCAGUUGUCUAACCUCAAGGUCCACCUGCGGGUCCACAGCGGCGAGCGUCCCUUCAGAUGCCAAACGUGCAGCAAGAACUUUACUCAGCUGGCACACCUGCAGAAACACUACCUGGUUCACACCGGAGAGAAGCCCCAUGAGUGCAAGGUCUGCCACAAGCGAUUCAGCAGCACCAGCAAUUUAAAGACACACCAAAGGUUGCACUCAGGCGAGAGGCCCUACCAGUGCAAACUGUGCCCGGCCCGGUUCACUCAGUUCAUCCACCUGAAGCUCCACAAACGCCUCCACACUGGGGAACGUCCGUACCGCUGUCCCUGCUGCCCCUGCGCCUACUUCCACCAGUGCAGCCUUCAGGUCCACCUCCAGGGGUUCUGCCCUAUCUCGUCUUCGCACAAACACUCCCCCGAGGAGUUCCACAGGGUCAACUCGGAGAUCGAGAGGUUCGACGUGAGCGAAGCGGCCGAGCAGCUCGAGGCCAUGGCGGCGGAGGCCAAGGUGGACAAGAGGGAUGUGCUUGCGCUCAUACAAAGGUUGAACACUCGCGCCUCCAAACGACAGGAUGGCGCCAUGGCUGGCUUCGAACUCUUUGAAUCGGCGAAGGCGGCUUCGCGACACGACCUCGGACCUCGUCUACCUCUGCAUCCGAGCCGCAUCAAGCGCGAGUCAGGCUGCAUGUCAGAGCCUGAAGACGGCUUUGCUAAUCCAGCCAUAUAAUCCUGACAGGUCAACUCAGCAGCUGUCUGGCACUGCCCUAUUUGAAGUAAAGCCUCAUCUAUAAACGACCGCUUCACGUGAAGUCCCAAGACUCCACCAGCACGACCUGACACUUUGUUGGUUUAACGUAUAAAAAGUUGCUAAUUUAUUCCGUUCCGCUCAUAUUGAUUUAUACAAACAGGGUUUCAUGACAUGAGGCGUCACUGUAUCGUCAUGUCAGCCAAACAUGCCAUUAUGCAUAAAGCCUUUUUUUUUUUUUUUAUUCCAACCAGCAAGAGUAAGAAUGGAUAUGCGUUUAUGUGUCUUCUUACUACAGAUACAAAUAAAGCAGAAAAGGUUUGACUGUG